AUGGAAUCGAUGGAUGUUGACACUCAAAGCGAUCCCUCCCAAAGUAUCAUACAGUUUUUAGAAGCGAAUAUUCCCAAAUCGGACAUACCAAAUAUAAGAAACGAGUUGAAAAAAGAUUUAUUACUUGGCAAAACGAAAAGCAGAGUAAAAAAACAGAAAAAGAGAAAACCAAAAUUAUUCACUCGUAAGGAGAAAAGAAAUCUUGGUUUUUAUAACAUUCCAAGAGAAAGUGUUAAAUACAAGGAUGUAGAGCCAAUGCAUUUAUAUUGGGUAGAAUAUAUUAACCAAAUACUUGAGUUGGACAAACCUAUCCCUAAUGAAACAAGUAAACGAUGGGAGCAGUUCACUCAAUCCUUAUAUAAAGCAGAUUUUCAUGGAAGUAUGUUGCAUGUGGUUCGCUCCAAAUGUCCUAGCUAUAUUGACAAAAAAGGCAUUUGUAUAAUGGACACAAAAAAUACAUUUAAAAUAGUAUCUCCUAAUAAUAUUAUAACAACUAUACCUAAAAAGGAGAGUGUAUUUAGCUUGUGUGUUAAAAAUGUGAAAAUAACAUUAUUUGGCAAACACCUGAAUAUUAGGCCAGCAGAGAGAUCACAUAAAAAGUUUAAAAGUUUGGUGCAUCCAGAUUUAUACUGA